AUGGCGACCCCGGUCCACUCUACAUCCCAGCCCGCGCAGCUGCCCGCGCUCGACGCGGCCCACAAGGACGCCCCAGCGAAGAAGGGCAAGGACAAGAAGAAGGCCGAGGCCGCGUCCACCCACCCGCUCAAGAUGGACCCGCCGCCCGAGUUCUUCGCGCACCGCAUCAAAAUCUUUGACAAGCUCAAGGCGGAGUCUGACGAGUGGGUGAAGAACCAACCCCGCCAGGAGAUUGCGAUCACCAUGCUCGACGGGUCGCAGCGCCAGGGCACGUCCUGGGACACGAGCCCCAUGACGGUCGCGAAGCAGAUCUCGCAGGGUCUCGCCGACCGCGCUGUCAUCGCCAAAGUCGACGGAGAGCUGUGGGAUUUGGAGCGUCCGCUGGAGAAGUCUUGCUCGCUGGAGAUUCUGGACUUUGAGCACCCGGAAGGCAAGAAGGUCUUCUGGCACUCGUCCGCGCACGUCCUUGGCGAGGCUGCUGAGCAGCACUAUGGCUGCCACCUCUGCCUCGGCCCUCCUACAGAAGACGGGUUCUUCUACGAGAUGGGCAUCGAGGACCGGCCAGUCAUGAGCUCCGACUACCCCGCGCUCGAGAAGAACGCUGAGCUGGCGAUCAAGGAGAAGCAGAAGUUCGAGCGGCUGGUGGUGCCCAAGGAGACCCUCCUUGAGCUCUUUGGGUACAACAAGUACAAAAAGUACCUCAUCGAGUCCAAGAUUCCCGAUGGCACGUCGACGACCGUAUAUCGUUGCGGGCCUAUGAUCGAUCUCUGCGUUGGCCCGCAUAUCCCCCAUACCGGCAAAAUCAAGUCGUUCAUGGUCACAAAGAACUCCGCCUCGUACUUCCUUGGAGACUCCAACAACGAAUCUCUCCAGCGAGUAUAUGGCAUCUCAUUCCCCGACAAGAAACAAAUGACGGAGUACAAAGCGUUCCUGGAGGAGGCUGCUCGUCGUGAUCACCGAAAGAUUGGAAAGGAGCAAGAGCUGUUCUUCUUCCACGACGCCAGCCCUGGAAGCUGUUUCUUCCUCCCGCACGGAACGCGUAUCUAUAACACGCUCCUGGAGCUGAUGCGGUCAGAAUACUUCAAACGCGGUUAUCAAGAAGGUGAGCUCGCUUCAACUCUCCUGUUCACUCUUUCAUCUCCCCAAAUGUUCCAUUCGAAGCUAUGGGAGCAGUCAGGUCAUUGGCAGAACUACAAAGACGACAUGUUUACACUCAACGUCGAGAAGGAGAUGUGGGGGCUGAAACCCAUGAACUGCCCUGGCCACUGUCUCAUCUUCGACUCGCGCGAUCGCAGUUACAAGGAGCUGCCCAUCCGUAUGGCCGAGUUCGGUGUCCUGCACAGGAAUGAGGCGUCGGGUGCCCUCACUGGCCUCACGCGCGUGCGGAGAUUCGCCCAGGACGACACACACAUCUUCUGCUUGCCUUCGCAAAUUGAAGAAGAGCUUGCGAAUAUGUUCGACUUCAUGGAACACAUCUACGGCAUGUGUGGCUUCGAUUUCCAGCUUGAACUUUCCACCCGUCCCGAUAACUUCCUCGGCGAGCUGGAGACAUGGAACGAGGCUGAGGCUCAACUUACUCGCGCUCUCGACAAGGCCCACCCAGGCAAAUGGGAGCUGAACCCCGGCGACGGUGCGUUCUACGGACCCAAGAUCGACAUCAAGAUCCGGGACGCCCUCAGGCGUUCGUUCCAGUGCGCGACGAUCCAGCUCGACUUCCAGCUGCCCCAGCGGUUCAACCUCAAAUACCGCUCCGCGGACGAGGCCGCGGACGCGGCGCCGUCGCGCCCGGUGAUCAUCCACCGCGCGAUCCUCGGCUCCCUCGAGCGGUUCAUCGCGAUCGUUACCGAGCACUUUGCCGGCAAGUGGCCGUUCUGGCUGAGCCCGCGCCAGGUGCUCGUCGUCCCCGUCGCGGCACCAUACAAGGAGUACGCGUCCGAGGUCGCGGACACGCUCACCAAGCUCGGCCUCUUUGUCGACGUCGACAACGGCGAGAACACACUCCCGAAGAAGGUUCGGAACGGCGAGAUCGCGCAGUACAACUUCAUCCUUGUCGUCGGCCAGGAUGAGCUCGACACACGCUCGGUCAACGUGCGCAACCGCGACGAUGUCGGCACGAAGGCGCGCACAGAGACCCUCCCGCUCGACGACAUCGCGGCGAAGCUCAAGGUGCUGAAGGAGACGAGGAGCCUGGCGAACAAAUUUGUGUAG